AUGGCGGUUUCUGACUCUCCUGUGACGAGUGUUACCAUUCUCUAUGGGAGCGAAACAGGAAACGCUCAAGAUUAUGCCCAUUAUCUUGCCCGCAAGCUCCGAUACAACUCGUUAAAGCCCACCGUCGCCAGUCUAGACUCGUAUCCAUUGAAGAAGCUCAUUACAGACACCAAAUACUUGAUUGUCAUAUGCUCUACCACGGGCCAGGGUGAGCUUCCUCGCAACCUGAAAGGUUUUAUGAAGUUUUUAUUGAAAAAAAAGCUUCCGGGUGACCUCUUGAAUCACAUUCACAUGACUAGUUUUGGUCUUGGAGACUCGUCGUACCCUAAGUUCAACUAUGCCAUCAAGAAGAUCCACACGCGACUUCUUCAGCUAGGCUGUACCGAAUUAAGUCCCAGAUGUGAGAGUGAUGAAAUGGCGGCAGAAGGAAUCGACGGAUAUUACGCAGAAUGGGAAGCUACUCUAAUUGAUGCUCUCAAGAAGAAGUUCACCAACAUUUUCAGCAUUGAUGAGAACGUCUUACUUCCACCAGAGUAUACUGUGGAGGUCGACAGAGGUGCUGCAGAUAUUGUGGCACCGCAAAACCUCCAUUUGACUCGCCAAUCACCAGCUUUAUUGGCGGGAACUGUAACUUCAAAUGCUCGUGUGACUGCUCCGGAUCAUUUCCAAGAUAUUCGACUAUUGACCAUAGAGACAGACACUGAAGUGUUGGAUUAUGCUCCUGGAGACACGUUGGCUUUGUAUCCAUGCAACGACGAGCGAAGUGUCCAACUUCUCUUGGAACUGCAGCCUCACCUCUUAGAAAUCGCAGAUAAGCCCUUGACUGUUCCAGGAAAGAUCGAUGUUGACGGAGGAUUUGUCGAGUUGCGUCUGCUUACGUUGCGUACACUCAUAGCGAACCACUUGGAUAUCAUGUCGAUUCCUCGCCGAUCAUUCUUCUCGCUUCUUUUCCAUUUUGUCGAUGACUCUACAGAAGACGGAAGCAGAGAGAAGGAAAAGUUGAAAGAAUUCGGUAAUCUCGAGGACAGUGAGGAGCUCUACAACUAUGCUAACCGUCCAAGAAGACUGAUUCUCGAGACUAUCAUGGAGUUCGAGAAAAACUUGCAUAUUCCCAUUGAGUAUGUGUUGGAUUUGUUCCCACUCAUUAAAGUAAGACUCUUUCUGAUUGCUUCAAAACCUUCACCUACGAGUGUGCUGCUUCUUGUUGGAAUCGUGGAGUAUAAGACCAUGCUUCGAAGAAUUAGGAGGGGCUUGUGCACGAAGUGGAUCAAGCAGUUGGCAGAGGGAGACAAACUACUCUUUUCGGUUCACAAGUCCAACAUCAAGUUCCUGCUUCCGCAAGUACCUGCACCUCCAAUUCUUAUGAUUGCUCCAGGAACGGGAUUGGCACCUAUGAAAUCGUUGAUCGAGUCAUCUGCUGGAACCCAGGACCUUUACCUUUUCUACGGAUGCCGUUACCGAGAGAAGGAUUACCUAUUUGCCGACUUAUGGACCCAAUACGAGCAAAAGGGACAGUUGAAGAUGUUCCCUGCUAUUUCUAGAGAUGCUGGGUCUAAAUACAAGUACGUCCAAGACAAAUUGCAUGCUGAGAAAGAGUUGGUAGCUGAUCUUUUGGUUAACCAGAAUGCCAUUGUCUUUGUGUGUGGAUCUAGUGGCAAAAUGCCCCGGGAGGUGAGAAUCACGCUUGUGGAGGCAAUCAAGGAGCUUGUUCCUGAUGCAGAUCAGUUUUUGUUGAACAUGGAGAACCAAGGCAAAUACAUCCAAGAGACAUGGUAA